AUGACCGGAACCCUAUCCUUCUCUCCAUUCUUAUCUCUCAAACCCUAUACCAAGAGAUUGGUAACGAAAAUGUCGUCGACGGCCAUGAAAGACGUCGGAAUCCCAGCUGGGUCUCUGUCGAUUAAACCACCGGCUCACCCCACUUACGACCUCAAGGCCGUUAUACAGUUGGCACUCUCCGAGGACGCCGGCGAUCGAGGUGAUGUGACAUGUAAAGCAACAAUUCCUGUUCAAAUGGAAGUCGAAGCACAUUUUCUGGCAAAGGAGGAUGGGAUUGUGGCUGGUAUUUCGCUAGCAGAAAUGAUAUUUAAUGAGGUGGAUCCCUCACUUAAGGUGGACUGGUAUAGAAAAGAUGGUGAUAGGGUACACAAAGGCCUACAAUUUGGGAAAGUACAGGGUAGAGCGCACAGUAUAGUUGUUGCUGAAAGGGUUGUCCUUAACUUUAUGCAGAGAAUGAGUGGAAUAGCAACUCUAACUAAGGCCAUGGCUGAUGCUGCACAGCCUGCAUACAUUCUGGAGACUAGAAAAACUGCUCCAGGCUUACGUUUGGUGGAUAAAUGGGCGGUCUUAAUUGGUGGGGGCCAGAAUCACAGAAUGGGUUUGUUUGAUAUGGUCAUGAUAAAAGACAAUCAUAUAUCAAUAGCUGGAGGUAUCACGAAUGCUUUGAAAUCCGUGGACCUCUAUUUGCAGCAAAAUAAUCUUCAAAUGGGUGUUGAGGUUGAAACAAGGACUCUCGAGGAAGUAAAGCAAGUUUUACACUAUGGGUCCACAACCAAGACAUCCUUGACUAGGAUAAUGCUGGACAAUAUGGUGGUCCCGUUGUCUGAUGGGGACGUUGAUGUAUCCAUGCUUAAAGAGGCUGUGGAUUUGAUUAAUGGGAGGUUUGAGACAGAGGCUUCUGGAAAUGUCACUCUUGAGACUGUACACAAAAUUGGACAAUCUGGCGUCUCCUACAUUUCGAGUAGCAGAAAAGUGAAGGGAUUUGUGCAGAGCUUUUGUGAAGAAGUUUAA